AUGAGCUUCUUCACCGGCCAGCCGGAGAAGUCCAUCAACGAGCUGGUCAAGUGGGCCAACGGGCAGCACCUUACCUCGGUGCGCGACAUCUGGAAGAACGCCAACUUCUUCCAGAAGGGCCAGUACAAGGACCAGACAGUGGGCACCGCCUACCUCGUCUUUCCGCACGACAAGACCCCCGCGAUGACCGGCAUCUUCUACAGCGUCGAGCUACCGGAGAUCAUCACCCAUGGAAACGUCGAGAUUGUCUGGAUCGAUAAGAAUAAGAUCCACCAGAAGUAG